UUAUCUUCGCCCCAGUGGAAGGGAGGAGUCCUUUCUUCGUUCCGAUAACAAACCCUUCCUUAAUUCUUCUUCGUCUUGCUCUUUGCCACUGUUUUGUUGUUGUUGCAUUCUCUUCCUCUGCGCUGCUUCCAAUUUACUGCAGCAGCCUUGGCCAUGGCGGUGGCGUCCAUCGCUGCGGCUCUGCCGCUUCACCUCGGAUUAUCAUCCCCUUGCUCUCCCUCCUCUUAUGAGCAUGGAUUGCAAGCUUCGGGUCUGGUCAAGUCUGGUCCGGUUUGCAGAGUGGGUGUAGUUGGUGACGCUUGCAAGGGCGUAAAGUCAUGGAGAGUGGGAGCUGUGCGAGGUAUGGCGCCUGAUGAGGAGAAGAUGACGAGAAGAAGCCCGCUGGAUUUCCCAAUUGAAUGGGACAGGCCUCGACCUGGAAGGAGAGCGGAUAUCUUCCCCCAAUUCAGCCCCAUGAAGACGCCGUUGCCCCCUCCUCUGCCCGCCGAUCCGCCCGAAGAGGAUGAAGAGGAGGAGGAGAAGAAGGAGGAGGAAGAGGAGAAUCCUGAUGAGCCCGAGAAACCGGACGUCUCGUUCUAAGCCUCGACUUCUGGGUUCGUUUUGUAGUAGACCAUAACAAUUUUUUCGUGGGGAUGAGAUUUAGGGUUUUGGUUGUGAGUUGAGCGAAUUGUGCAACUUGGGGUCAUCAAAGCAUGCUUUCGGGUGCGCCAGUGUUGUCCAGAUUUAUGCGUGAGGGUUUCCUUAAUUGCACAUGUAGGUAUACGCCGUCAAUUCUCAGGCCUGAAGUUUUCCUUUGUAACAAUAGCUAUUAGAAAUAAACAUACUCUUAACUCCAUUAACUCAAGUCUUCUCGUUCAUUGAGUGCGUAAGCUCAGGGAUGUGUUCUCUGUCUCAGCAUCGAAUUCAGCUUCCAGCCGGCACUUGUUUCCAUUACUCUCGGAAUUGUUUAAUGCUGCCGACAUAGACCUGAUUGGCAUCAUCUUUCAAGACUUCUUCACACCGUGUUAACUUCCAUGUGAAUGGAUAGAACCUGACUAAGAAAUUCAGACGACACUGUCGUAAAUCACCGCUUCUUCGUCGCUUGUUAUGGGAUGUAGCUCCCUUUUGUUAAUAGAAUCUCCCGUUUUAUUGAA